AUGUCGGUCCACGAGAUUUCGAAAGCAGGCUUCGCAGAAGGGACCAACGAGUUCUACAACACUGCCCGACCGCGUUAUCCACCAGAAACUUUCAAAAGACUGCGAGCAAAGGUUGCAUCAGAUAGACUUGAUAUCGUCGAAAUUGCCUCUGGAACUGGGUUGUUUACACGCGCAUUGCUGGGGCAUCCAGAUUGGAAAGGAAUUCGCAGUCUUAAUGCAAUCGAGCCAAGCGAAGGAAUGCGCAAACAUUCGCUGAGCACACGGUAG